UCCUGAGAGGACACACUGUCACCAGCGCCUCCCUUAUCUUUUAUGAACUUUGAACAGCGCGUUAUAGGAUAGUCAGCGGCGUUUCGUCUCUUUUAUUCUCAAUGAAGAUAUGACAAAGGCAACCACUCACGAAAGGAAUAAAUUACAGUGACGGUGAUCAAUUGAGGUGACGUGCAUGGACACUAGAUCAGUUUGAUCUUUUGCAGGACACACAGAGUUCUGAGUCCAAAGAGGAAGCGAGAACCGUGUGCAUUCCGUAUAGCUCAAACAGAGUCAAACGGGAACUGACGGUCUUUUUACUACAGAUCGUGUGCUACUUAAGAGCAAAGAGAGGUGGAUGAAGACUAUUUUAUUUAGAGAUACAUGUCAAUACAAAACAUCGCUGAAGUCCAUCGUUAACAAUAGAGGGGAAUUCACUGACGGUGCGCUGCAUUGAAUUUGGAAGUGUGGUCAGCGUGAUAACCGCACAUAAUCGGGUCUCCUCAUACCGAGAAGCUAGUCUGGCUGGAAACCUCGCCUUGGACGCGCUGGGGAAAUAGAUCCCUGACAUGAGCGACUAACACUAUCGACAAACAACAACACACAUCGGCGGAUAAACCGCACUGAUCCCUGAGUGACCACCUGUUCCCUGCACAGACCAACCGCACCAACUGGGCCAGCAGCAGUAACUGAUCCUGCUUCCAGGUGGCGUGAAGAAUUGUUGCAGAAACAGAUCGGCCCCACCUCACCAUGCCUUUGUCCCUCAGUUCAACCCGCAUUUUCCCAAUCUCCUUCAUUCCCUUGAUCCUCCCUGUCUUUCUCCUGUCUUUCUCUAUCCCUUCUCAAGCUGACUCCCAAGAUACAGUCCAAUCUACCUCCAACUGUUCCCAGAAUGACGUGUGUGCAGACGGGGUCCUCUUGCCAGUGUGGAAUCCUCUAAAUCCCUCAGUUGGUGACAAAGUGGCUCGUGCCAUUGUGUACCUAGUGGCACUAGUCUACAUGUUCUUGGGAAUGUCGAUAAUUGCUGACCGCUUCAUGACUGCCAUCGAAGUUAUAACUUCUCAAGAAAAAGAGAUCACUACAAAGAAAUCCAAUGGUGAAACGGUCACCACUACUGUUCGCAUAUGGAACGAGACCGUCUCCAAUCUGACUCUCAUGGCUCUGGGUUCAUCAGCUCCUGAGAUUUUGCUUUCGGUCAUUGAGGUCUGUGGGCAUAAUUUUGAGGCCGGUUCUCUUGGUCCCAGCACCAUCGUGGGCAGCGCUGCCUUCAACAUGUUUGUGAUCAUCGGGAUCUGCAUCUAUGUGGUACCUGAUGGUGAAAGGCGGAAGGUCAAACAUCUUCGUGUGUUUUUCGUGACUGCGGCGUGGAGCAUGUUCGCCUACGUCUGGCUCUAUCUUAUCAUCUCGGUGUUCUCGCCUGGUGAGGUGGAAGUGUGGGAAGCAGUGUUGACGUUCCUCUUCUUUCCUCUCUGCGUGGUCCAGGCCUGGAUCGCUGAUCGGAGACUGCUCUUUUACAAGUAUGCUCGCAAACGCUACCGAACCGACAAGGGCCAUGGAAUUAUUGUGUCCGAGGGAGGGGAGGAGAUUGGCAAGGAGGCAGGAUUCACAAAGAUGGACAUGCUUGAAAUUGAUGGAAUCACAACACAUCUGGAUGGAGUCCUGGGAGGGGAAAGUGGGCAUGGAGGACGGGAUCAAGAGGACGAGGCCAGAAGAGAUAUGGCCAGAACUUUAAAGGAACUGAAGCAAAGACAUCCUGACAAGGACAUGGAGCAGCUCAUAGAGAUGGCCAACUAUCAGGUUCUGGUACAGCAGCAGAAGAGCAGAGCUUUCUACCGCAUUCAGGCGACAAGGAUGAUGAUUGGUGCGGGGAACAUUUUGAAGAAACACGCAGCAGAUCAGGCCCGUAAAGUGGUCAGCGGUGGGGAACCCCGAGAGCAGGAGGAUGACCCUCAUGUCACAAGAAUAGACUUUGAACCUGCCCUCUACCAGUGCUUUGAAAACUGUGGUUCCUUAAAACUUUCUGUGCUAAGGCAUGGAGGAGAUGCUGGGUGUACUGUUAAGGUGGAUUAUCGCACAGAAGAUGGCACAGCUAAUGCCGGUUCUGAUUAUGAAUUUGCUGAGGGCACAAUCGUCUUCAAACCUAACGAGAACCUUAAAGAGAUCACCGUCGGCAUUAUUGAUGAUGACAUCUUUGAGGAAGACGAAUACUUCUAUGUCCGCCUGAGCAAUCCCCGUAUAGUUGGCUGGGCUGAUGGACAUCCUAUUGCUUUGGAGACUGGAGCACCUGCCCCAAGCGCAGCCCUUGGUGAGGCCCACACCGCGACCGUGACCAUCUACGAUGACGACCACGCAGGAAUUUUUUCAUUUGAGAGCGAAUCGACACGAGUUAGCGAAAGCAUCGGCAUCAUGCAGGUGAAGGUCCAGAGGACAUCAGGAGCACGUGGUCUGGUGGCAGUACCGUACCAUACAGUGGAUGCGACAGCUUGUGGAGGGGAGGACUAUGAGGCAGUGUCUGGAAAACUGGAGUUUCAGAACGACGAGACAAUGAAAAUAAUUGAGGUGAAGAUUAUAGAUGAUGAAGAGUAUGAAAAGAACAAAGCCUUCAGCAUUGAGUUAGGAGAGCCUGUUCUGCUUGAGAUUGGACAAAAACAUGGGGACUCUAAUGAAAAUAAGCCGGAAAUUGGGGCAGAUGAAGAGGAAGUAGCUAAAAUGGGAUGUCCUAGUCUGGGAGAACAUAACAGAUUGGAAGUGGUGAUUGAAGAGUCAUAUGAGUUUAAGAAUACAGUGGAUAAGCUCAUUAAGAAGACUAACCUGGCUCUGGUAGUCGGCAGCAGUAGCUGGAGAGAGCAGUUUGUUAGUGCUGUUACUGUGAGCGCAGGUGAUGACAAUGAGGAAGAGAGUGGUGAAGAGCGUCUUCCGUCCUGCUUUGAUUAUAUCAUGCACUUCCUCACAGUCUUCUGGAAGGUUCUGUUUGCCUUCGUCCCGCCAACAGAGUACUGGAACGGAUGGGCAUGCUUCAUUGUGUCCAUCUGUCUGAUUGGUGCAUUGACGGCGAUCACAGGAGAUCUCGCUUCUCACUUCGGGUGCACUAUUGGUCUGAAAGAUUCAGUCACUGCUGUGGUCUUUGUUGCCUUGGGGACAUCUGUCCCAGACACGUUUGCCAGUAAGGUUGCUGCCAUCCAAGACCAGUAUGCUGACGCCUCCAUUGGAAAUGUGACGGGCAGCAAUGCUGUCAAUGUUUUCCUGGGCAUCGGUGUGGCGUGGACCAUUUCUGCUGUAUACUGGCGUACCAAAGGCAAACCCUUCCUCGUGGAGCCGGGCUCUCUGGCCUUCUCCGUCACACUCUUCACUGCGAUGGCUGUGGUGGCUGUCGCUGUGCUGUUGUAUCGCCGGCGCCCCUCAGUGGCUGGAGGAGAGCUCGGCGGUCCACGGACGUGCAAGAUAUUAACAUCCUUGCUUUUCUUUUCCCUCUGGCUGAUGUAUAUCCUGUUGGCCUCACUGGAAACGUACUGCCACAUCCCUGGAUUCUGAGGCAGCAAGGCCUCAUAUUAUUUAAGCUUUGAGAGGAAUAUGAAAAUGGCCGCUGAAGGAGCAUUUUUGUUUUGUAUUUAUUCGAUAUUUAUCUUUUAUGAUAAGUCAGUUUUUGUAAUUUUCCAUUUUCUUCCUUAAAGGGAUAGUUCACCACCCCCAAAAAAGUCAUCAUUCACAUCUUCUCAUAUAAAAGUGAUUUGUUUUAAAACAAAUUUUAAGAAAUUUACUUUAGAAAGGGAGCGAUAUGAUGGUAAGUAAAUGAUGACAUUUUUUGGAUAAACUAUCCCUUUCAAUAAGUUUAAAUGCAGUAUCUUAAACAUCAUUCCUUGUUCCCUAGCCUUACAUUUGUAUCCAUCUCUCAGUGCUGUCUUAAGUUUUUCCAAACCUGUAAUCAAGUGACUUUCUUUUAUUUAUGUUUUACUCCAGUUUGAGCCAAUCCGAGUUUUCGGUUACUAAAUGAAGUGGUUUACUUUUUUGUUCUCUUUUUAUAUGUUAUGUUUCAGUAUAACUCUCGUGAAACUGUAAUGAUAAUAUUUUAAAAGACAUUUAAAUGAACAGAGUGAUCGAACAUGAACUUUGAGUUAUUAAGUUAUUAUACAGACUAAACAAACUGAAUGGACUAUAUCUUAUGUAAGAAGAAAAGCAUGUUUCAGGACUUAAUAAGAAUCAGACAGAUGGUCUGAAAAGCAUGUCGAGUUCAUAACUAAUCAAUAUCAUGAAUGAAGGCUGACAUUAUUGGGAAGUCGAAUAGCAAAAAGGAAUGAAACUCAAAAAAAGUGAGUGGGAAAUGGACUGGAAUAAUCCUAAAGAGGACGGAAGAAGAGCAAUUGGAAAAAUAAUGACAGUGACGUUGCUGAAUAUCAUUGAAAAUAAUUAUAAUUUAAACAUGUA